AUGACCAUCUAUAUCACACCUGAACCACACAAUCGACACUUUCCACUAAACUUGACCUCAUUGAAGCCUCGAUCUACGUUGAUGCUUGCAGAGAAACACGACAUUCAGGGACACGGGCAUGCACUGUCUGCAUCAGGGCUCGUUGCACGAUUGACAGGGAUCAACAUUGAAGGUGAGUUUCGAGAGCCAGGACGCAGUGAUCGAUUCGUGGUCGUCUCCAUUGACGAUCGAGAGGAGUGGAAAUCGAAGAAAUGCUCUAGCGGUUCACGACUGCAUUGGCAGGAGGAUCAUCGGCUUCACCCCUCGUCGAGCAUCAAGUUCGAGAUCUUCCGCAGUGGCAUCCUCUCGAAGAUAUCACCCGACAAGAGAUAUCUGCUUGGACAAUUCUUUGGGAAGGCUGUUGAGCUCCUUGAAAACAGCGUGGCUCUUGACUUGCAGGACCUUACUGGCGCCCGUCUUGCUAGCGUCAAGAUCAAGAUACAAUGGACAGGGUCUAUGCGGCGAUUUAUCGUCUUGACAACGGCAUAUUCUUCAAUAUCUGAAGACAUCGAUGCGUCCGCUACAAUGGCCGAGGCCGCGUAUUCAUCUACAGAAACGGCUAGUAGCUGCAUACCAUCUCUGGGACAGGCACUCGAAGCCGUCGUGAAGAUUGCCCGCACAUUCAUUUCGUGCACGGUUCUCUUUUCGGUGUACGAGGAUCUAUCAAAGGCGUGGAAAGAUGAGUUACUUCAAGACAAGUCCGUCAGAGAACUAGCGGAGUCUCUGCGCGAGAUAGUCUGUGCCGCCCACGAGUGUCCCGACCUAUCGGUCAUCAAAGGCACAGAGGAUGUCAUCGAAGCAAUCGGCCAGAUAUCACUGGAGAUUGCUUCUUUCAUCGACAAAUACGCAAGACGAAUCUUUGUAGGUGAGCUUUGUAGUUCGAGCUGUGCACGCUGCCAAAAUCUGACGGAGAAAUUCGGCAGUCGCAUAAGCAAUGACACGAACAGGAUGGUCCGUCAGCUCAAGGACGGGAAUCUUGCUGAGCGGCAUAAGGAGAUCCUGCAGUGGCUGAAUGCACCUGAUCCCUCACAAAACUACAACACUGCGCGAGAGAAACAUCGAGAAGGGACCGGCUCCUGGUUCCUCAGCGGAAGCGAGUUUUCAAGUUGGAAGAACCAGUCAGGCCGGAUGCAGAAAGACCAUUUCAUGGUGAGCACGUCUGCCAUCAAAGAUAUUAUGGAUCAUUGUGCUACCGAUCGAUCUACAGCGGUCGGGUACUUCUUCUUCGACUCCAGAGACGCCCAAGAAGGUCUUCAAUGCCACGAAAGCCUUGUCCGCUCACUCAUCGAGCAGUUUACUCUCUAG